CAGUUCACAGAGUGGAGCAAUGUGGAGAAGAAUGGGCGUUCCGUCUCCAUCGUUUCUGUAUCGACACUAAAUUGAACCCAAGAAAAUAAAUUUUACUUUCAAAGAACCAACAAAUUAAUUAUAAAUGGGCGAUUUUGGGAGUUGAAAUAAUUAAAAUAUUAUCCCCCGGCAAGUAAUUAAACAAACCCGGUGGGAUUAAAGUAUCCCAAAAAUCUUUUAAUGUAACACGAUAAUUGUUAAUUAAACAAUUUACUAAAACUCGUGUAUUUGAUUCUUCGCUACUAAAUUAAAUAAAAAAAAAUCGUAUUAAAUUUAUAUGCAAUAUCAAGUUUAUAUAAUUCAUUGAAGUACGUUACGAGUUACCACUUUGAAUUCAGUGGAGAACAGCGAUCACAGAACAAUUGAAAAAUUCGUCAAGGCUCAAUCAAAGAUCGACAUGCUUACGUUAAUGCAAUUGCUAGAUUUAUCGUGUGAUGCCGAUGGAGUGAAAAUAUCCGACACACCUGAUUGGAACAAUGAUAUAUCGCAUGGCCAGCAAAUGCAAGCGUCACGCGACCAGGACCACAUACAGCUGCAACAACGUGAACAGUUGCAUCGCGACAAAUUACAACAACAACGAGAUCGCGACAGUGACCGAGAACAUCUACAUCAGCUACAGUACAUCGGUAACUUGCUGUUAGACUCUCCGCCGGCGACUAACUUCCAAGGAUACUCACACGAUGCAUCUUGCACGCAACCCAAUAAGAACAACAAUAUCGAUGGAGACAUGUCAAUUUCGGAUUUAUUUGGACUGGGUUUACCUCGGGGAUCAUUGUUAGGCAGCCAGUCAACAGCUGCGUCUCCCGGUUGCCGUAAUUAUCAGUAUCAGGGUCGCAAUCAAGGAUCUUCUCAGCAUUAUCAGGGCAAUGAUAGGAACGGAAUUUGCUCAAACUCAUCGAUACUUGAAAUUCCAAGUUCCCCAAGUUCUAUUACUACACCUGGUAGCCCUAGCACACCUGGAAGUCUGUAUUCGAAUCCUUAUUCGUACUCAUCUACGAACAGUAGUAACCAGACGACAUCAUCACCGAAAAGUCGAGGAUCUAUGCAGAAUGUGGGAUCACCCUCAUCGCCCAUUCAUUCUCCUUAUUACGGAAGACCCAUUCGUGGGUCACCACCUUAUAGCGACUGCAGUAGUCCUACUUUCGAGUAUCCACAUGUGAUGGGGUGCAAUGGAUCAAGAUCGAACUCACCAGCGGACUCAGACACGAGUGGUAUAGGUAGUGUGGAUGGGUCUCUAUCCGAUAUAAUGAAUUGUUUAUCGUUAAAUUCAUCGUCACACGAAUGUUACCCUCAGUCUCUGGGUUCAUUGAUGUCGCCGGAAGUGGACUUAUGCACAAAUAAUAGAGUAGCCGCGUUCCAACGAAUGGCAGUGAAAAAAUAUCUAUCUUCAUCCCAUCAAAACUCGUCGACACAUCAUCAUCAUUCACAUGGACACAAUCGAGGUCAUCACUACGGAUCGAAUCAAAACGGCGGUUUCCUGAAUUCUUUUAUGUCGCACGAAAAAAGCUGUUGUUCCACUGGAAAUCAUAUGAUGGCCCUGAAUUCACCUCCGAUAAAUAUUUUAGAUCCACAGCUCUCGCUUGAACGUGUAGCGCGUUUUCAUCGAAGUGCCGCUGCACUUUGUGACCCAACUUGUACUUGGAGUGGCAUAUUGCCGCAACGCACUCAAAAACCAUCAGGUUACUCAUCUAAAGUAUUUCUUGGUGGUGUACCUUGGGAUAUCACCGAAUCUCUUUUAAUCGCCACUUUCAAGCAGUUCGGUCCAAUACGAGUGGAAUGGCCGGGAAAAGAUCAGUCUGCCACGCAGCCAAAGGGAUAUGUAUAUAUUAUAUUUGAGUCAGAGAAACAGGUGAGAACUUUAUUGACAUGUUGUACACAUGAUUUUACCAAUGGUGGCAGUUGGUAUUACAAAAUAUCAUCUAAACGUAUGAAAGCAAAAGAGGUACAAGUAAUACCUUGGAUUCUUGAAGACAGUAAUUAUGUAAAAUCCUCAUCGCAAAAACUUGAUCCUCAUAAAACAGUAUUUGUUGGUGCUCUUCAUGGUAUGCUAACUGCCGCUGGUUUAGCAAAAAUUAUGGAUGAUCUGUUUCGUGGGGUUAUUUAUGCAGGGAUUGAUACUGACAAACACAAAUAUCCAAUUGGAUCUGGUCGUGUUACAUUUAGUACAAAACAUUCAUACAUGAAAGCAAUUUCAGCUGCUUUCAUAGAAAUAAAAACUGCCAAAUUUACAAAAAAGGUGCAAGUUGAUCCAUAUUUAGAAGAUUCCAUGUGUUCAGGGUGCUCUGUACAACAGGGACCCUAUUUUUGUCGUGAAGUGGUGUGCUUCCGAUACUUUUGUCGCAGUUGCUGGCAAUGGCAACACUCAAUGGAAUCAAUGUGGCAUCAUAAACCUUUAAUGCGCAAUUCAAAGACAAAUCAAGUGGUCGGAUUAUCGCCAAACGUAAAUUCCUGGUCCCGUGGAACGAAUAAUCCCACUAUUUAAGUACAAUUAUUGAGCUUCUCUUCCAUGGUCACAUACAAAUUUUUUUUUGACUAUUUGUUUUUGCAAGGACGUUGCGCUAGCUGACUUACUGACAGGGUGCAAACUUAGUUUUUUAUCGCAAAGCUGCGGGCAGCUGGUUUGACGAUAUACAUUGAAAUACCGGACAUACCAGCUGAUCGGCAAAUGCAACGAUUUGUUUAUUAUCGUUACUAUCACAUACGUCCGCGGUAUAGAGACUAAUGGAUAAAAAUCGUGUUUCUCAUAAAGUUCCUAUUUCGAACGCGGCCACAGUCGCGUUCUCAACAAACAGUAUUUUUAUUUAGUACGUUUAUUUAGGGACUGGUUCUCUUGUUGAUCGUUUUAUUGCAAUAAUUGUGCCAUUGAGUAACACAUCACAUUAUAUGAUAAUUAUGCGUUACGAGUGUGCAUUUACAUUGAAUCCGUGUGGGUCCAAUUGUGGCUUUUAUAGUGACAAUAAUUUUUAUACGAUAAAAUGGGAAGCCACUCGAUCGUCAAAAAAGAAGCGAAACAAGAGAAGGAAUGAGUUCACAAUGUUUAAAAAAAUCCACAAAAAUACAACACGCCGCUAUAAUAAUCUAUCGGCGAAAUAUUACGCUUAAUCGUACACUGUUCGAUGAGAUUAGAUUAUUGUGGAAUUCUAGCGGCAGGAGGAGUUGUUCAUUUAAUUAUUGUUAUUUUUUGCGAAGAACGCAUUUAAUUUGAGUACCAAUUAGAACCCAGGCUAUAUACCGACAUUUGUCGAUGAUAUCGCCCGUCGUUGUAGUUUUACGUUACAUUGUACAGUGUAAGGGUUAUUACCAAAAUGGCAAUUGUAAUCAUAAUUUAUACUCUUAGCCAAGGCGAUAAGCCUUUAUGAGCUUCGUUUACAGGGACUGUUUAACUGUUGACGAAAUGGAGAAGUACAUGGUCUACGAUUCUGGAGCGGAUUGUAGUAAUUUGAUUCUGUUUUUAUUUUUUGUUACGAUAUUAUGUUAUGUAUUUUCUUUCAAGAAGAUUUUGCAAUAUUGCUUCUAAUCGCGUUUCUGAUGUUUUGAUAUCAUUUUGUUGAGUGAAUUAAAAAUCAUAUUUUUGCAGAUAGA